AUGGCGACAGUAAACUACCGACCACCCAGGAUCAGAUUUUCGUUUGAGUCGACGUUGCGUUCAGGGAGGGAUACGAGAACGAUGAUAAUCCUAGAAAUUGUUUUGAAACACAAAGGCACGAUUUUCUUGAGAGAUCGGCGGCGGGGUGAGAUUGUUGAUUCCUAUGAGAGAAACACCGAUUCGAGCGUUUCUUUUCCUCUUCUCUUGGAUUCUCGUGUUGGGUUGUCCUAUUUCAACAUCGGGGCUUUUAGGGCCCAAGUUUUUGAGCGGAUGCCGGGAUUGGCUCCCUCCAUAGCCAGCGAGCUUUCCCGACAAAUGUUCAUGUACGCGCGACGAGUUUCACUUGCCCGUCUGGCCCUCAAUGACGACAACGGUAUACUGGUGGUCACGGCUCGCGUGGAGAUUGACGAGGAGGAGGAGGAGGGUGAGUCGUCGAACCCGCCAAGGGGUUUGAGUUUGGGUGAGAUUAACGGGUUGAAGCAAGAAGAGUUUAAGAGUAGCGGUGCAGAAGAGGAAUCAUCAUCCUGUUCCAUUUGUUGGGAAGAGUUUUCGGUGGGAGUGAAUAUUACGCCAUUGCCAUGUUCUCACACCUUUCACCAUACCUGCAUUGCUACAUGGUUUGAGAAACAGGCAACCUGCCCGCUUUGCCGAUUCCACAUCACACAACCAUGCUCAUCUUGA